GUAAAGCAGUUGAAGGGAGAAGCCAGGGGGGAGCGGCAGGGCAAGAUCGAGAAGGGAGUCCAGCAAGCGAGGCAGCGCUCGGGCCAGGGAGUCGCGGGGGUGGACCCGCGGGUCCCAGAGGAGCGCCUGGAGGUCAACUUCGUCGCGCAGGAGGACAAGCUGCAGCGGUGCACCCAGGGCCCGCUCGCAGACUGGCCAGAGGUGGCCCUCGCGCGCGCCUGGGUGGUCUGGGAGGUGGUGGAUGCCCUCGACGACCGGGAGUUUCGGGGGGCGCCGCCUAGCGGGGUGGGCGCCGUGCAGCAGUGGGAUUCGGACGAGUCGGGCAUCCACUGCAUCUGCUCGCCACCUGAG